AUACUCCUCCCUCUGAGGAUGAGCUCAGUCCUGAGGGAGAGACACUGAGACGAAAUUAGGUUCUGGGAAUCUGGAUAGGGCGGAUUAUGAAUGCUUUUGGACACCAACCAUCUAACCAGCAGACCAGCCCUAUUCAACACCACAGCGCACAGGAGCUCCUGGACAUGGCCGUGUACUGCGACAACUACGGUGUGUACCAACAGAAUCUCCACCACCAUCACCCCCAGAGGCCGCCGACGCACCCCUCCAGCUACGGCCUCGGAGAGUACACCCCCCCUUCCGCCAAUCCGUACCUGUGGCUGAAUGGGCCGAGCAUCAACUCCUCUCCUUAUCUAGCCGGGAACAACGGCACGUCCUAUAUUCAGUCUGGAUACGGGUCAAACCAGAGACAGUUCUUGCCGCCUCCCACCAGUUUUGGUGGAGCAGACUUGGGGUGGUUGUCCAUAUCCAGCCAGCAGGAACUCUUCAAGAUGGUCCGACCACCUUACUCCUACUCGGCACUAAUAGCGAUGGCCAUACAGAACGCCCAAGACAAAAAGCUGACUCUCAGUCAGAUCUAUCAGUAUGUAGCUGACAACUUCCCUUUCUACAAGAAGAGCAAAGCUGGAUGGCAGAAUUCAAUCCGCCACAACUUGUCGCUCAACGACUGUUUCAAGAAAGUGGCACGGGACGAAGAUGACCCCGGUAAGGGAAACUACUGGACACUGGACCCCAACUGUGAGAAGAUGUUCGACAACGGAAACUUCAGGCGGAAGAGAAAGAGGAGAGCGGACAGCGGAGCGGACAGCAGCUCUCUCCCGGUGAAAUCUGAAGACGGUCCGCACAAGCUCUCCGACGCCUCCAGCCUCACUAGCUCCUCCCCGCCUAGUUUGCACGGAUCCCCGGGCUCCGCGGAGCCCAAGCCGUCUCCGUCUCCCCCCGCGGAGCACAGCCCAUGUUUCAGCAGCUUCGUGUCCAGCGUGAGCUCAUUGCUGGCGGGCAGCGGCAACACCGACGGCUCCCGCGGCGGGGAGCGCGACUAUGGCUCCGGCCACCUCGGGGGACUGUCUCAGACCAGAGAGGGCAUGUCUGGACUGGGCUCCUACUCGCCCACAUUAAUAUCUCCUCUGAACUCUGACAACAAUAGAAUGAACUAUUACACAUCAGUACAGAGCCUCUCCAACCACUUUAGCGUCAAUAACCUCAUAUACAGCCGAGAAGGAACAGAGGUGUAGACGGUCUGCCUGUCGGUUCUGGCCUGGUUACCGACAAACUAAUUUAUCAGUCUUCUUUAGCCUUCACAUUUCUUAUG